AUGGAGUUUCUUGAAGCAAUUGAUGAUAGAGUUGGGUUCCCUGCUAAAUUCAUUUCAUGGACUAUGACUUGUGUGACAACAGUAUCUUACUCUUUGUUAUUGAAUGGUGGAUUGACUAAACAUUUUCAAGCUAAGAGGGGAUUAAGACAAGGAGACCCUGUAUCCAUGGAGUAUCUGGGAAGAGAACUACAACAGCUCACAAAGAAUGGGAACUUUAAUUACCAUCGAAGAUGCACAAGACUGGAGAGUGUACAUGUUUGCUUUGCGGAUGAUCUAUUAAUGUAUUGCAGGGCUGACCUAAUUUCUGUUAGGCUUUUGAAUGAAACUUUUAUGAAAUUAUCUAGAGCUUCAGGAUUACAGGUAAAUGCAGACAAAAUUUCCUUGUAUAUAGCUGGAGUUGUUGAUCAUAUCAAGCAGGAAUUACUGAAAGAACUUGGCUAUACUGAGGGCACUAUGCCUUUCAGAUACUUGGGGGUUCCCUUAGUAUCAAAGAAACUUAGUGUCAACUAG